CGCGCAUUUAGCAGCGAGGCUGCACGCGCACCUGGCAACCGGAGGGCGGAGACAGCGCGCGCUCCCCCGAGGAGCCCGAAGUUUCCGUGCAGCGCGAGGCGCGGGUCCGCAGCGCGAGCCGGGCUGUGAGCGUGCUGCAGGUGUGAGGUUCUGCAGGAGGAGAGGAGUGUGUGGAAGGAGAUGGAGAAGAGGAAGGACGCUGAGGAAGAGGAGGAGGAGGACAGUGGGGAUGAAGAGCAGCUGCAGCGCGUGCACCGCUCCCCCGAGCUUUACAUAGUGUCCAAGUUCAGCCUGGCGGCUUAUCUGAUCUGCUGGACCCUCCUCACACUGCUGCAGAGGCUGAGGAGCAGCAUGCCCGGACCACAGGUACAGGAAGCUCUUGAGGAGGCGCCGAGUGACCCAGGCAGAGCAGACGAGUGCCGAGAGUCUCGAGAGUCUGGAGGAUGGACAGAACGGACGGCAGAUGGCACUGUCUUGCGCCGUGACUCGUGGGACGGAGAGGACGGCUUUUCGUCUCUCGUAGAAGCGGAGCAUCUUUACACUGAAUGGCGUCUGGAGAACGGACUGGAGGCAGGAGACAGUCGAGCACAGAGCGAUGAGCAGAACCCCUACUGCGAGAGGGAGAGCGUGGACCAAACGAGGCAACCAGAGGAUGUAGAGGAACUUUCUGAGGAACGUACUGUUGUACAAAGCAAAGAGGACGUAGCUGACACAGGAAACUCUGACUCUAGAAGCUCGGAAACUUUAGAAACUCUAGAAACUCUCAAAACUUUUGAAAAAGAGAGUACAAGUCUUCAGAGCACAGAGGAACCAGGCGAAUUAACUAGUAAUCGCCUCCCUGGAUCUCAGAGUGAAGGAGUUUAUACAGAUUUAUACAAAGACUUUACAAGGUGCCCCAAUAAGGGCGACACAGAUACAGUGUCAGAGAUUCGUAGCACAGAAGCAGAAAGAAAGAAUUUACACAGCUUGGAUGUAUAUAGCACCGAUGAUAUAUGUGAAUGUAUCGACAAUAAGAAGGAAAGAUCAGGAGCACACAUAAAAAACAACAGUAUAGACGUAGAAAACAAAGAAAAAAAACAAGACUUCACUCAAAACAGAAAAGAGACGCAAACUACCCAACAUACACAUUCAGUAGACAACAGUAUAGAUGCCCACUGUGUAAAUCAAUCAACAGUUACCAGUACAAGUAACACAAAACACACUACAGCCUGCCAAUCUUGCCUUUUACCUAAUUUAAAAACCUACAACAUAGACACAGAGAAGUCUACAAAAGCACAGAAUACAAGUCAAAAAGCACAAACUACCCCAGAUUUCUGUCAAAAAAGCACAUUCAGCACAGUCUGUUCAACUGCAGACAAAAUAAACAAGCCUACUUUACAAAGCGGCAGCUGUGAAGACAGUCAAAGCAAACCCAACACUGAGACUCGUAGGCCGGAGGUCACAGGAAGAAGGUUUGGACCUCAAACAUGUGCCUCAGAGCAAGCAAUUGAAACAAGCUCUACUUCAGCAGAAACAAGCAUUAGCGAGAACGGAGACACUUCAUGUCUUCUUCUUAUUUGCACAACACGAGCCUCGCAUGACGUAGCAGGAUCACGGCGCACAGACUCUUGA